AAACCCCAAAACCGGGUGGAUUUCCUCCUUCCCUUGCACGCCUCCACGCACCCGUGGCCGGAGAAGAAGACGCCGCCAUGGACGCCGGCGAGUGCUCCAGCUCCCAGCCCUGCGCGUCCUCCUCGCCGGACGCCGCCGGUGGCGUUUGGGCCAAGCUAGUGCCCUCCGAUUCCGCGUUCCCGGAGGUGGAGCUGGCCGAGGACGACGCCGUGGUGUGCUCCCGGGUCACCCCGGACGGCGGCGGGGAGGUGGCCGCGUGGUGCGAGAUUAGGCGCGGCGGCGGCGAUGGCGACGCGUCGUCGGCGACGAUUCGGAAUCUGAGCUCGGAUGCAAUUAUUGUCGAUGGAAGAGUGAUCCAGCAAGAAGCAGUUGACAUCAAACCGGGGAGUGAAAUUGUUUCAGGACCCCAGAAAGAUGGGCAUCUGUUGUACACCUUUGAUAUAACAGGCCUGAAUGACCAGGACAAAACUAAUAUCAAGAUUGUGCUGGAUAUUGAGAAUGCAAAGUGCAGCAUAUGCUUAAAUUUGUGGCAUGAUGUUGUUACUGUUGCUCCAUGCCUCCACAACUUCUGCAACGGUUGCUUCUCUGAGUGGUUAAGAAGGUCUUCAGCUAAUUCGCGUGAUAAAAGUCAGAGUGCUGCCUGUCCACAAUGUAGGACGGCAGUGCAAUCAGUUGGUAGGAAUCACUUCCUACAUAAUAUUGAAGAGGCUAUACUGCAAGCUUUUUCAUCGCUACAGCGGUCUGAUGAGGAGAUUGCAUUGUUGGAGUCAUAUGCCUCGGUCAAGACAAAUAUUGCAUGGCAUGCAUUCAUCCCUUUUCCAUGGUCUUAUGCUGGUGCGAUGAUUCUUAGAUCCACCAUGGGGAUAAACAUCUGUCAGAGGGAGGUUUUGGGGAAACAGAAAAUCCAGUCAAGGAAGCGCCGUUUGCCACGUUCAAAUGAUGAAGCUAACCAUACUAACCAUGCUGAUUUUCUAUGCCCUCAAUGUGGUGCUGAAUUUGGUGGAUUUAGGUGCAGUCCAGGUGCUCCACACUUGCCGUGUAAUGGAUGUGGAGGAAUGAUGCCAGCCAGACCUGACACCAGUAUACCACAAAAAUGUUUGGGAUGUGAUAGGGCAUUUUGUGGAGCUUAUUGGUGUUCCCAAGGAGUGAAUUCAAGUCAGCAUAAUCCAAUCUGUGAUCAGGAAACUUUCAAGAUGAUCUCUCAGCGCCAUAUCUCUAGUGUUCCUGACACAGUACAUGGAGGCAAUCAAUACGAGAAAGAUAUUACAGAAAGAUGUAUACAGCAAUCAGGCAAAGCAUUGCAAGCUAUAAUCUCAGAGUGGAUAGUGAAGUUUGACAAUAAGGAGCUUGAUCGCUCAAGGCUGCAGCUGAACCAUGUUGAUGCAAUUACUUCUAGGACAUACGUCUGCAACCAAUGCUACAGCAAGUUCAUCGAUUUCCUGCUCUACUGGUUCCGUGUAUCAAUGCCAAGAAAUCUCCUUCCACCUGAUGCUGCUAACAGGGAGAGCUGCUGGUAUGGUUUCAUGUGCCGAACCCAGCACCACCGGCCUGACCAUGCUAAGAAGCUCAACCAUGUCUGUCGUCCAACAAGAGGCAACCCCUAGCCUGCCUCGUUCUCUGAAAAAAAUCAUCUAUUUUCAGUGUUCAACAGCAGCAUUGUACAGCAAAGAGCAAGUGCCAUAGGCUCUGGUUUCUCAGUGUUUAACAGCUCUGUUUGAUUAGUAGGAAUGAUUGUCAGGUACAUCAACCAGUUUCAAAUGCCUAAACUGAUACAACCUGUUUAUCUUAAUCUCUCCUAUUGCAACCUUCCAUA